GUUAGUACUCUGGUAAAAAGACCUUCAAACCGCAUGCAGCCAGCUGAAAGCUAAAAUAACUGAUGAUCCACUCUGCCUCUGCCCAAGGCUCGCGCUGCUGUUCUGCAAAAUAAGCAUCUAAGUGUCCUGAAAAUUGUAAUUUUCCUCCUCCAAUUUAUCCAGGUGAAAUCUGCACUACAAUGGACAACACGCUAAGUGACCUUCAACUGCAGUGACUGACAAAACACGACUGAUGACAUGAAGUGAUCAAAUCAGUCGCCCUGAAAGCAACAAUGUUACGAAGAGCACCCCUCACCUUCAUCAGUGCCAAUCGGCCGUUGCGGUACCAGCCUCAGCAACGAGGAAUCACCAUGUUGAUGCUGAACAAAAAUCGCCUUCUUGUGCCUAACACGCAGCACGUCCUUCUGCAACAGAGAGGCGCCGCGAUGUUUAUAGGAAGGCUUCUUAGAGGCGCCCUUAAGAUCCGGUAUCUAGUCCUAGGUGGUGCCCUUGGGGGUGGAAUGACUCUGCAGAAAUCUUACGAACAGUGGAAAGAAAAUCUGCCUGAUAUGAAGUGGCUAGAACAGUAUAUGCCGCCGCCAGAAAAAAUUGAUGCUUUUCGAGAGAAUUUGAUCAAACUCAGUAGCAAUCUGAAAGACAGUUUUGAAGUCAAUCCUAAGCUCAAAGAACUCGGGGAGGCCAAAUAUCAAAACAUGAGGGAUUGGUUCGACCGCAGGUUGGAAGAAGCUAUCCAGGCUACUGAAAAGGCGGAAGUUGAAGGCGAAAAUGGGUUCUCUGAAAACUUCCUUCGAAUACCAGUGGCCAAAAAUAAUAAUCAGGAAAGUCAUGCAGGUUCGCCUGCUCCUUCCGAAAACCUAACUUCAAGACUGGAAAGAAUGCAAGACGAGCUGAUGCAGAACCAACUGAAGUACCAAAAGCAAGUGGACCGACUUGAGAAGGAGAACAGGGAGCUCCGACGUCAGUUGCUUCUUCGCAAAACCGGGGCUCCCCCUAAGAGGGUGAAAAAGUCUCUCAUCGACAUGUACUCCGAAGUGUUGGACGAGCUUUCCGAGUUUGACUCGAGCUACAACACUCAAGACCACCUGCCCAGGGUAGUGGUGGUCGGAGACCAGAGCUCAGGUAAAACCUCCGUCCUGGAGAUGAUCGCGCAAGCCCGAAUUUUCCCAAGAGGCGCCGGAGAGAUGAUGACGAGAUCGCCAGUGAAGGUCACGCUCAGCGAAGGGCCUUACCACGUGGCCCAAUUCAAGGACAGCUCGCGCGAGUUUGACCUGACCAAGGAGCAGGACUUGGCCGAGCUGAGGCGCGAGGUGGAGCUGCGCAUGAAGAACAGCGUCCGCGGCGGCCACACUGUCAGCAACGAUGUGAUCUCGAUGUCGGUGAAGGGGCCCGGUCUCCAAAGGAUGGUGUUGGUUGACCUGCCCGGCAUCAUUAGCACCGUGACCCAGGACAUGGAGAGACACACCAAAGACGCCAUCAAGCACAUGUCGGAGCUGUACAUGUCCAACCCGAACGCCAUCAUCCUGUGCAUCCAGGACGGGUCCGUGGACGCUGAGAGGAGCAACGUCACCGAUCUUGUGAGUCAGGUCGACCCUCAGGGAAGGCGGACGAUCUUCGUGCUCACCAAGGUGGACAUGGCCGAGGAAAACCUGACCAACCCAGACCGGAUUCAGAAGAUCCUGGCGGGCCGCCUCUUCCCCAUGAAGGCCCUGGGCUACUUUGCGGUGGUGACCGGCCGAGGCAGGAAGGAAGACUCGAUCCAAACCAUCAAGGAGUAUGAAGAGCAGUUCUUCCGCAAGUCAAAGAUCUUCAAGGAUGGGCGCAUCAUGUCCGCCCAGGUGACCACGAGGAACCUCAGUAUGGCCGUGUCCGAGUGCUUCUGGAAGAUGGUGCGGGAGACGGUGGAGCAGCAGGCGGACGCUUUUAAAGCCACCAGGUUCAACUUGGAGACGGAAUGGAAGAAUAAUUUCCCUCGCCAGCGCGAGCUUGACCGGGACGAGCUGUUCGAAAAGGCGAGAGGGGAAAUCCUCGACGAGAUGGUCAAUUUGAGCCAGGUGUCCGCCAAGCAGUGGGAGGAGCUGUUCAUGCAGCGACUGUGGGAAAAGGUCUCAUCGCACGUCUUUGAGAACAUCUACAUACCGGCUGGACAGUCUGGAAACUCGGGCCAGUUCAACACGUUGGUGGACAUUAAGCUGCGGGAGUGGGCGGACCAGACUCUACCCAUGGGCUCCGUCGAGGCCGGCUGGGAAGGCCUGCACAAGGAGCUGCAGACUUUCAUGAAGAAGUCCUCGGUGUCCAAAGACAGCGACGAGGUGCUCAACAACCUGAAGGAAGCUGUUCUUCUGGAGACGUUGAAGAAGCACGUUUGGGAGGACAAGGCGGCGGACAUGCUGCGAGUCAUUCAGCUGAACGCCCUUGAGGACCGAGCCGUGCACGACAAGCAGCACUGGGACAACGCAAUCAAGUUCCUCGAGAGCUGCCUGAAGGAACGGCUCAACGAAACUGAGCAAAGACUGCAAGAACUGCUUGGUCCUAGCACCAAGGACAAGUGGAUCUACUGGAAAUACUCGACUCCAGACCAGUCGCUGCGGAGCGCCAUUCGAAACGAGCUCGACAAAAUCCUGUACAAAGACCCGACCCACCUUCCCAUUUUGAAGCCGGACGAAAUCAUCACCAUCAAGGGCAAUCUGCAGGGCUCCGUUGAGCAGGACAUCACUGAGCCGAUGAUCCUCGAGACGUGGGACUCAUUGUACCGAAGGCACUUCCUGAGGAAUAGUCUGCAAAAGGCUUACUCCUGCCGCAAGGGCUACUUCUUGUACCAGCAGGGCUUGGCAGCUGACGAAUGCAACGACAUCGUCCUCUUCUGGCGCAUCCAGCAAAUGCUGAAGGUUACUUCGAAAGCCCUCCGCCAGCAGGUCGUCAACAGGGAAGCCCGAAGACUGGACAAAGAGAUCAAGGAGGUGCUCGAAGACUUUGGUCAGGACCGUGACCAGAAGGAAAAGCUGUUGACAGGACGCCGCGUGCUUCUAGCAGAAAAAUUGAAGAGAGUGCGGCACAUUCAGGAGAAGCUGGAGGAAUUUGUUCAGGCGCUGAACAAAGAGAAAUCCAACUAAUAUUUUCCUUUCAUUUUGUGAUAGUCACAUAGCUCGUUGUUUCCUCUGUUAAGGCGCUCAGUUAAAUUUGUGACUUUCAUCCGCUGCUCGGGUGUUAGCGGUGGCUGUUAUAUUUUAGGCAUAUUUUUCCUUUGAACGAAGUUUAAUUCAAUUUUGUGAGAGUUAAAAACAGAAUAAACAUCUAGCAAACACUUAUAAGAAAA